AUGGCAUUGAUCGAGAGACUCCAAAGACGAGCUUCAAAUUGGGGUUUGUUGCCCAGGCUCUUGCAAUUGCUGCCGAGACUAGCCAUUUUAAGUGGUAUCAUCGGAUUGGGAUGGCUGGCUAUAUAUCUUCCGUUGGAAGGUGAAUUCAGACAUACAUAUAUCUCUGAGAAUGCUUUGAUGCCAUCACAGGCCUACAGUUACUUCAGGGAAACAGAAUGGAACUUGUUGCGUGGCUAUAGGACUCAAAUUAAACAACUUGCAGAUGAGAGUUCUGACCAGAGAAAUGCGGUUUUGGGCUCGUGGCUGGAGGAAGUUGGCGUUAAAACAGCGAUCUACCGCGACCCUGUGAACGGGGACUCGUUGUAUGGGGUUUGGCACGCGCCUCGAGGCGAUGGCACCGAGGCAAUGGUGCUGGCCGCUCCGUGGUACAACGGAGACGGCGAUUUCAACGUUGGAGGUACGGCCCUGGCCACUGCCUUGACGAAAUUCUUCUCACGUUGGCCGUUGUGGUCCAAAAACAUCAUUGUGGUCUUCAGUGAGGACACUCGGGCUAGUCUUCGGUCGUGGUGCCAUGCCUAUCACAACAAUCUGGACCUUACUGGUGGAUCUAUUGAAUCCGCUAUUGUUUUGGAUUACCCAGGUAGCAACGAUUACUUCAAAUACAUGGAAAUCUACUACGCGGGUCUCAAUGGCGAGCUCCCAAACUUGGAUCUCGUUAACGUCGCUGUUCACGUCACAGAGCAUGAAGGCAUGAGAGUGUCGCUCAAUGGAAUACCGGAAUCAGAGGUCGACGAGGAGGAUUACUAUGGGAGGAUGCGAAAGAUGCUACUGGGCGUUCGGAAAAUGGCGCUUGCCGGUGUUCAAACUUGCUACGGUAACGAGGCCUUCAGUGGAUAUAGAAUCCAGUCGGUUGUUCUAAGGGCACGUGGAACGGAUGGCCCCUUCGAUAUAACCACCUUUGGGAGAGUACCUGAAGCCGUGAUCCGGUCGGUCAACAAUCUUCUCGAAAAGUUCCACCAGUCUUUCUUCUUUUACCUGCUUCUAGCUCCUCGUUACUUCGUGUCGAUCGCCAGCUACUUGCCAGCAGCAAUUGCAUUUUCGGCGGCCUUCAUUCUUGCAGGUCUCGAUAAUUAUCUUAAGAGCAGCAUGAAAACUUCUGCUGGCCCCAAUGCAUCUUCCUACACUCUGGCGACCAUCUUUGUAUUUGUUGCGUCGCUCGUGGCUUCGUUUGGCGUGUUCCAAAUCUUCGUGCAGUGGGUCAAGCCUGCAAUACUAGUGUUGAGCUCUGUUAUGGCCUCAUUGGCUCCAAUUUACCCUCUGAAAAACCGCGUUUCUUCCGCGCAUGCUCAACAGCUCAAGGCCAUUGCAUUUUUUUACCUCAGUGUGGUUUUAACGUCACUUCUAGUAGUGAAUUUCGCUUUGGCCUUUGGAAUCGGUCUUCUAGCUUUCCCAAUGAUAUUUUUGAAAACCACAACAAACCCAAGGCUUGCAAUAAAGAAUAGUAUCUUACUGACUGCUACCAACCCGUUUAUUUGCAGCUGUCUUUUUGCCAAUGUCUUUGAAUCACAGUUACCCAAUCUCGAACUAAUUCCCCGGUUAGUUUCCGCCUGGAAAGAGCUUGGAUGUUGGACGUGGGUUUUAAUUUCCAUUGGGUGGCUCCCUUCAUGGCUAACGAUGGCCAUCUCGAGCUUACCGACCACUGACACCGUCUCUACAACUCAGAAGCCCACAACUCUCGAUACAGACGUCAAGAAACUCCAGUGA